UAAAAUAGAACGUUUUGCAAAAUAAAUUGUGAAAAAUGUUUUAGACUUCCUUAAUUGAUUUUUUGAAUUAACAAAUAUGCAAGAUAAUGUUCUUAUUUCUACAUUUACCACUUGAAAUAUAUUAAAUGAUAAUACAAAAUAAAAAAAAAAUAUAUAUAAAAUACUUGUAAGCGCUGGAUCAACUACGUAGUCCUAUGUAGUAUAAAAUUAUUUACCACACAGUAUUAAGUUGUAAUCAACAUACUAUAUUUAUUUAAUGCUAUAAUAAUAUAAUUUUUACUAAUUUAUUAAAUUACUAUAUAAAUUUCAUCAUUAUCGAUAAAAUAUGGGUAAUGCUCAACCCAAAGAAAUUGAUUUGUUGGAAUUAUAUCUUAGAGACCCAGUGGUACGAUAUAACGUAUCAUGUUGUGUGAAUGAGACAGAAAGGCUAGAAGGCGAACAGGACAAUUGGGCCAAAUGUCUUGGCCUUUUUCUACCAACUGCUCUUUUAAGUCGACCUUAUUUACUGCCCUGGGAACAGCAAGCUAUAUGGGCAAUACUGUUUGGCGUUAUGAUAUCUACUGCUGUAGCCGGUAAUGCAAUUGUGAUUUGGAUUAUACUAGCUCACAGAAGGAUGAGAACAAUAACUAAUCUGUUUUUGUUGAACUUGGCUAUAGCAGACUUUUUGUUGGCGAGUGGUAAUGCCAUAUUUAACUUUGUGUUUAUGCUGGAGAGUCAUUGGCCAUUUGGAGAAGGAUUUUGUAUCAUCAGUAAUUUUGUCGCCAAUUUGACUGUUUCGACCUCUGUGUUCACAAUAUUGGCUAUGAGCAUUGACAGGUUUAUAGCGAUUGUUCGUCCUCUCCGACCACGGAUGUCAAGAUUGGCAGCAUAUGCUAUUCUGACAACUGUAUGGAUUGCUGGUGCUAUUUUGUCCUGCCCUUCUAUUUUGUAUUCUACAACGAUGACCUUCAGAUAUGCCGACCGAGGUCACAGGACAAUAUGCUACUUAGUAUGGCCGGAUGGUCCUGCUGGGCAUUCAUAUUCCGAUCACAUAUACAAUAUCGUUUUUCUUGUACUAACAUAUGCCCUUCCGAUGGUUUGCAUGGCAAUUACGUAUUCUUGGGUAGGAUUAGUAUUAUGGGGAAGUCAAGUUAUUGGAGAAAACUCGGAUUUCCAAAAUGAUGUCAUACGAUCAAAACAAAGGGUUGUUCACAUGCUGGUGGCUAUUGUUAUACUUUUCGGAAUAUGCUGGCUUCCUUAUCACGCAUAUUUUUUAUAUGUAUACCAUCACCAAGAUGCACUUAGUUCUCAGUAUAUACAGCAUGUUUAUCUGGCAAUAUAUUGGCUUGCCAUGUCAAAUUCCUGCUACAAUCCUAUUGUUUAUUACUGGAUGAACUCAAAAUUUAGAGAUUACUUCAGGACAGUCAUGUGUUUACCACGAAGAGGUAAACACAGAUAGUGGUUACCUCUAUCUGUGUUAUCACAGCCUCUAUCUGUGCCCUCUAUCUGUGUCCAAUUAUAAACACAGAGAUAAAGCAAAAAAUUAAGGAAAUUUAGCUAGAUAAAAAUACUUGGUCAAAGGUAUAAGUAGAAAAAGUUCAUAAUAGAAAAAAGUCCCUAUCGGUGUAGGAUGACUUUUCCGGUCAUGGGUUGCAUUACUCGUUUUUCUUUAGAAGUGGCUAAUGUAUAGUAAUUCUGUAAUUUAUUAAGUCAAAAUUGGACUAACUAUUGGUUAUGUUUUAUCUCUAGAUUUAGAGAUUACUUCAGGACAGUCACGUGUUUACCACGAAGAGGUAAACACAGAUAGUGUUUACCUCUAUCUGUGUUAACACAGUCUCUAUAUGUGUCCAAUUAUAAACACAGAGAUAAUGCAGAAAAUUAAGGAAAUUUAGCUAGAUAAAAAUACUUGGUCAAAGGUAUAAGUAGAAAAAGUUCAUAAUAGAAAAAAUUCCCUAUCGAAGUAUGAUGACUCUUCCGGCCAUGGGUUGCAUUACUCGUUUUUCUUUAGAAGUGGCUAAUGUAUAGUAAUUCUGUCAUUUAUUAAGUCAAAAUUGGACUAACUAUUGGUUAUGUUUUAACUCUAGAUUUAAAGAUUACUUCAGGACAGUCAUGUGUUACCACGAAGAGGUAAACACAGAUAGUGUUUACCUCUAUCUGUGUUAACACAGCCUCUGUGUCCAAUUAUAAACACAGAGAUAAUGCAGAAAAUUAAGGAAAUUUAGCUAGAUAAAAAUACUUGGUCAAAGGUAUAAGUAGAAAAAGUUCAUAAUAGAAAAAAUUCCCUAUCGAAGUAUGAUGACUCUUCCGGCCAUGGGUUGCAUUACUCAUUUUUCUUUAGAAGUGGCUAAUGUAUAGUAAUUCUGUAAUUUAUUAAGUCAAAAUUGGACUAACUAUUGGU